AUGGGUAUUUCCAGAGACUCUCGUCACAAACGUUCGGCCACUGGUGCCAAGAGAGCCCAGUUCAGAAAGAAGAGAAAGUUCGAGUUGGGAAGACAACCUGCUAAUACCAAGAUCGGUGCUAAGAGAAUCCACUCUGUUAGAACCAGAGGUGGUAACCAAAAAUUCAGAGCUUUGAGACUCGAUACCGGUAACUUUUCAUGGGGUUCCGAAGGUGUUUCCAGAAAGACCAGAAUUGCUGGUGUGGUGUACCAUCCUUCCAACAACGAAUUGGUUAGAACCAACACCUUGACUAAGGCUGCCAUUGUUCAAAUCGAUGCUACUCCAUUCAAGCAAUGGUUCGAGACCCACUACGGUCAAACUUUGGGUAAGAAGAAGAACCAACAAGCUGCUGCUGAGGAGGAGGUCAAGAAGUCCAGAAAGGUUGAGAGAAAAUUGGCUUCCAGAUCUGGUGCUGCUGCCAUUGAACCAGCUGUCGAAUCCCAAUUUACUGCUGGUAGAUUGUACGCUGCCAUCUCCUCCAGACCAGGACAAUCCGGUAGAUGUGAUGGUUACAUUUUGGAAGGUGAAGAGUUGGCCUUCUACUUGAGAAGAUUGACUGCUAAGAAAUAA